AAAAAAAUCCUUUCUAAUAAGUUAAGCCAAAUUGCUCACAAUCGGAAGCAAUACAGUCAUGGCAGGGGCCACGCGCGACAUCCGCUCGUUCUUCGCAGCGCAGCCGCCGGCUAAGAAGCGCCGCACGACGCAGGAGGAUGUGGGUUCCGACAAGCCCAAGCCAGUCAUGCCCGAGAUCGAACCGAUCAUCAGCGGCGUUGAGGCCGUGCAACGUCUUGUGCAAGACCAGGAGCAAGACGAUGGCGAGAUUCUGCCAGUGACGAGUUUCGUGGAGCUGCAGAAAGUGAUACAACUCCGCUCACUCAUGCACCAAUCGUGGUUCGAUCUGCUGCAGAAAGAGUUUGCGCGUGGCUCUUUCCAGACGCUGACUAGAUUCCUGGAGGGAGAGGAAGGUCGCAAGAAGACCAUCUAUCCACCGCCUGCCGACGUGUUUGCGGCGCUGCGAGACUGCGCCUUCUCCGACCUGAAAGUAGUCAUUCUGGGUCAGGACCCAUAUCACGGACCGCAGCAGGCGCACGGCUUAAGCUUCUCGGUGCGUCACGGAGUCCCACCUCCUCCGAGUCUCAAGAAUAUCUUCAAGGAGGCCAUGAACGAUAUGGGAAUUGAUCGCCCUACCCACGGCUGCUUGUCUUGCUGGAGUCGUCAGGGAGUUCUCCUCCUCAAUACGGUACUCACAGUGCGUCGAGGUGAACCGAACUCGCACAAGAAACGCGGCUGGGAACAGUUGACGGACGCCAUAAUCUCCAAGGUCAACAAAGACGCCUCCAACGUCGUCUUCUUGCUCUGGGGGAAACCUGCGCAGGAGAAGGGCGCGCUGAUCGACUCCAAGCGGCAUCUGGUGGUGCGCUCGUCACACCCGUCACCACUAGGAGCCACGAAAACUAACGCUCCCUUCCUUGGCUCCAAAUGCUUCUCACGUGCCAAUAGCUACCUCAAAGAGCAUGGCAAGGAGCCCAUCGACUGGAGCGUGCAGUAAACCCCUGAUGCAUAGAUAAAUCCACCCUACUCGCUGUUUGUGUGCUUUGAUCGCUAUUAGUUAUCGGUACUAGCUAAUAUAACAACUGACGUACUUACGCGGCCUUGCGGAAACUGCGGCAACGUGCUCGUUGUCGGUAGCCCCAGACAUCGAGCUCUGCAAGUGUCAGGGGCAGGCGUCGACGUGACAGGAAGGCCACAAUCCGCACUCUUGUCUCUACCAGAGCUUCUCGGAAAUGCAUCAACGUUGUGGUCGGAUCUCGCUGUAGCUGCUGCUUCCACACGGCGUCCAUCACUAAUAACGAGUGCGCGAACACGUGUGCAAGCGCAAUCUCGGCUGGUCCACCUUCUGCGCACGCUAAUUGAUGAGAGAAGGCCGAUGACGCGAGCGAGGAUGCGUCCCCCAUGAGAGCUACAAACCCACGCAGCUCCGGGUGUGACCGACUGGGCUGCUGGGAUGUCUCGAGCUCGGCGUUUUCCGUACCGCAGCACGGACACACGAGUGGAAGCGGCUCUUUGAGUUUCAAGUGGCACAGCAGCAUUUCCAGCAGAUUCAGUGCGCACAAGCACACAGGGAAGCGAUUCUCACGUAGCAUUCGCUGUACGAUAAUACAUCAACGAUGCAGUGAACAUCAGUGAGUGGAUCUCAGAUGAAAACAAG